AUGAAAUUGGAUAAUAUCUAAAAAGAGGAUUUUAAUACCUCUAAGGUAGGAUUUUUAAGUAGUAUCUAAUUUUUUUAAGAUGAAAUAAAAAUAUCAAAAGAAGGUAAAUUUUUUGAGCAAAUCAAUAAUUUUAUUAAAUAAAGAAAAUUUGAAAAUAAAUAUGAAUCAUCAUUUAUUAUCAUGUGUAAAAAAUCAACAUCAAGAUAUUAAGAUUCUGUAAUAAAAGUAACUUGCUGCUUCAUAGUGAAUUGCUGCAAUAAGGAAAAUAUGUUAUUUAGAUUACCACGAAAAGAGAGAAUAUUUCUUUUUUUCCAAUACUGUAAUGAUCCAGACCUUGUCCCUCGUUAUUCGGGAGAAACGAACGAAUGUUAAAAAAGUGAAAAAGUUCUUAAUAAAUAAAUUACAACGCUCUAAAAAGAACACAUAAAUUUAUGA